AUGAAAAUAGCUCGAUUAUUGCUUCUUUGGUUCCAAAAUAAAAUCGAACAAUGUUACGAGGAUGAGCCCUUGUGCGUGUACUUGCGUCUACGUCUAGCGGCCGACGUCGGUAACACGUGUACUGAAACGGUUGCACUUCAUCGCCUAAGGCGUAACACAUUUUUGGGUAUGGAUCUCGGGCAAGAUAUUUACCAAAUAUUCUUCUACAAGUUCAAGUUGAGCACGUCUGCAGCGGUGACAGGUCGGAAUAUCAACGAUGGUUGGGGUGAGGGAAGCACCACUGAAUCCACGGAAGAUCGCGGGCGCACUUUCGAAGUUGACGACCAUCUGCUGAAAGCAAUCAUCGAAAAUGACCUGCUUAAGACGACACGAGAGGUUGCCGAAGAACUAGGGGUUAACAAUUCAACAGUCGUCCGCCAUUUGGGAAAAAAAUUGGAAGAGUGA